AUGUCACAGAAACAUAAUUUAGAUCAUGGUGAAGAAGUGGUUAAGGUUAAACAAACCAGGAAAAGUUUAAUGUUGGAAAUGAAGCUUGAUAUAGUCAAAAGGAAGGAGCUAGGAGAAUGUUUGUCAGCCAUUAGCUGUUCCCUUAAUUUACCUCAGUCAACUGUUACUGUUUUCAAGAAUGCUCAUCAGUCCAACAUACAUAAUGUGAAGGUGUCAGGUGAAGCUGCCAGUGCUGACCAUGAAGCUAACUACUUCAGCUCGUACUUGGCACCUAAACUAACGGAAUACACCUCUGCAAAUAAUAUAGCAAAUCAGUUUCUUCUUAUCCUAGACAACACUUCCAGUCAUCCAAAGUGUAUGGAAGAUUGGACUGAGAACAUUGAAGUGAUGUUCCUUCCUCCCAACACUAUUUCAUUGAUCCAACCAAUGGAUCAAACUGUAAUUAAAACCUUUAAGGCUUAUUACCAACACCACACAAUGAAGCAGCUGAUUAAAGGCACGGAUGGACCUGAUAAGCCCACUCUCAUGGAAUGGUGGAAAUCAUACAUCAAACAAGCCAUUGACAACAUUAGAACCUCUUGGGAGGAGGUGAAAAGCUCUACAAUGAAUGCUGCCUCGGAAAAAUUGUGGACAGAGUGUUGUAACAACUUUAAUGGUUUCCCGGAUUCCAUAACUGAAGUGAAAAAGGAUAUUGUCAAGCUAUCCCAGGAAGUGGACUUUACUGAAGUGGACAGCUUGUUGCAGAGUCAUGCAGAGCCUCUGAGCAAUGAAGCACUUUUAGAGUUGGAGAGAGCAGCUGCUGAGAAGGAAGAGGAAGAAGAAAAUGAACCAGAACCAGUUUGUGGAUUAGACAUCAAGCCUCUGCAAAACACUUUCAGUUUUAAUGACUCUGCAAUGGAAUUGCUGCAAGAACAUGACCCUAACCACAAAAGAAGUAACAAUGUGGUUAAUCAAAUGGAACAGGCGAUGAAAAUCUACAGAGAAUUAUAUGACGAGAAACGUAAAAAGGUGAAAGUCCACAAUCUCAGCUCUUUUCAAACCUGUAGCUACACCAUACAUUUCAACCACUGGACCAUCAACUUCAAGUGA